AUGGCUGAACCUGGCGAUCUGAUGGAAUUUCACUUUCUUACUAAAGCGCACACGUUUGUGAAAUCCUCGUUCGACAAACCAUGCCAGCCUCUCGGCGGUGACAACGCCAUUUUCUCCGGCUUCAACUUCAACACUACUGCAGGAGAGGCGCCAAACGUCUUCACCUUCAUCGUGCCAGACAAGAACCCGAUUUGGUAUUACUGCUCUCAGUCCAAUGGUAACCACUGCCAAAAGUACAAGGACAAUGCCGUCAACACCAUCACUAAGCAGCCUUUUACCGAUCCGCUUGCUUCUCAAGCUGGGAUGAUUCUGCCAAACAUGCCUUUAUGA